CGACAGUCAUGUGGGCAUUUUCGUCGCCGAAUCAGAAGCAGACAUCUCGAAAAACAUGAGCAAUCAAGCUUGUGAGCCGUGUGCGAGACGGAAGGUGCGAUGCGACAAACAACAGCCGUGUUCAAACUGCAAGCGGAGAAAGCAGGAUCAAUGCACCUACCCAGAGGCAGCUCCUACCGACCGCGUCAAACGACUUGAAUCUCUUGUUAGAAGCCUCGGAGGCGAUCCGAAUAGUGAUGGAAGUCGCACCCCGAAGCGCGCGAGAUUGGGUCCUUCUCCCGUUGAGACCCAGAGUAACGACCGAGAUGCGGGCGCCUCCACCGAGAGCGAACGUGGACAACCCAUCUUGGUGGAGCAAGAUGGUCAAUCAUAUUAUGUUGAAAUGCGUGCCUGGCAUUCGCAUCUCGGUCUAGAAGUCAAUCAACAAAACGAGGUCAAUCAUGAUGUACUGAUGAGCAGACCUCUCAUCUCAAGAACGAAGCCGGACGCGUUGCAAGGCCUUCUUCGUGCCGACUACAACAUCAACCUUGCGCUUCAACAUCCUUCCGUCCAGGAUGCCAAUUUUCUAUGGGACAGAUUCGAGCGAAAUGCCAACCCAUUGAUCAAGAUUGACUUUGACUGGGCUCUCAAGGGACUGCGAGCUAAUUCGACUGACAUAGAAGGCCGGACAAGUCUGAAGGACCCAGAGCAUACUUUUCUGUUCUGCCUUUAUCUGAUGAGUAUUGUCAGCAUUCCCGAGGAAGAGUGUACAAAGAUUUUGCACCAACCAAAGCAAGUACUGCUAUCUCAUUAUCAAGCUGUCUGCGAACAAGCACUGUCACGCAGCAACAUCUUCUGCAUCGCUGAUGUUAUCAUCAUACGAGCUCUGAUCUUGUACAUGGCGGCUUCCAUCGAACGAUUGAGCAUACGGAGCUUGUUUUCACUCGUGGGUCUCACGAUACGCAAUGCAGAAGCCUUGGGUAUCCAUCGCGAUGGUGCCAUCCUUCGCCUCAAUCCAGUGGAGACAGAAAGUCGUCGUAGAUUAUGGUGGCAUCUACAGCAUCUCGACCUUGCGUUGGGUGUGCGUUGCGGAACAACACCACUCACGCUGAUGGCCGGAUGGGAUGCAAACGUCCCACUAAACGUCGAAGACAGUGACCUCAACCCGGACAUGACUGAGGCUCCGGCGGAGCGCAAAGGUUUGACGAGCCUGUCAUACUGUCUUUGGACGUAUUGGAUCGUAUCACAGCAACGCGAGUUCUUCUCUUCCAACAGGGGCAAACUCGGCAUAUCAUGGGCAUCCAACAAGUCUUUGCCUCAUGCUACGAAGAUCUCUCUGAUCAAUACCAUGGAGGAAGGUCUCAACAAGAAGUUCCUGCAGUACUGCGAUCCCAUCAAGCCGCUUGAUAUCCUAGUCCAGCUGACUUCCAGAGCACUGAUAUGCACUAUGCGUAUGUUCACCUUGCAUCCAAUGUCAUUCAGUGGGGAUGCGAAUAUCACCGACGAACAACGACAUGCUCAGUUGGUUGAGGCUGCCAUCAAGUCUUUGGAGUACAACAUCGCCCUGAACUCUCGACCAGAAAUUCAGCGCUUUCAAUGGUUCAUCAAUGGCUACUUUCAAUGGCAUGCUUUCAUCAGCGUAAUAGUCGAAGUCAUGCAACUCAAAGGCUCACCCGAAGCCCAGCGCAUCUGGGACUUACUCUCCGACCUCUACACCUACAACAAAAACCUUCUCGAGCUUUCAGAGGAUAGACGAAAACUUCACGCUGCAGAACUAAUCACCAGUGCUUGGAAAGCUCGACAGACAGCUGAUCCUUCUGCCUACAAGCCGGCUUGUGUCUCCAUAUUAGAGCCUCUUCUCUCAGACAAUCGUGGAGAUGCGACAAAAACGCAGACUGAGGUUGUUGGACAACCAUUGGGGCCCGUCAUGACGGAUGAAGAUCUUAAUGCGAUGCUGGACCUCGAAUUUCAAGAUAUCGAUUGGGGCUUUUGGGCGGGUAUGGAGUAGAUACUUUCUUCAAUUGGUCCUCUGCAGCCUUUUCAAGGAGAAACCGGAUCGCCCUUGGUGCUUCGCGCAGCUGUAUGUGAAAUUUCGGUUGGUGUUUGAGUUGAGACCAUACGCCAGGGUCAUACCCUCGACAAGCACAUUCGACACCUUUUUCGACGUAUCGAGCCAAUCAGCCUCUGUCAUGGCCUUUGAAAUGCUCUGGG